CUGAAGCUAGCUAGCCCACGCGCUCACUCAGUAAGCUCUGUGAACUCUAAACCGUGCCUCCACGAAAAGGUUGUGCCUUUGGAAUGUUAUACCAACGUAUAGCAACGGAUGCGGACAGUAUAGAGUUGCAGCGCUGGUAAAGACGGUGGAGAACAAUGGGAAGUGCAUGCACAAAAGCAGGCCGGGAGGAAGCUGCCUUCCUCAAGGCGGCAAAGGAUGGUGACUGUGGACAAGUACAGCAGGCCAUCCUAAAGCACGUGGACUGGGGCUACAGGGCCCAGACGUGGAAUGGACAGAGCGUCUUCCACCUGGCAGCGCGCUAUGGGCGAGUGGACGUAUUGGAGACGGUGGUGGAGGCGGUCCGGUAUAAUCCCGCUGGACCGGACCAGUGGAAGAAGCUGCUACGGAUGGGCCACUCCACGGACGCCAUUCUGAAGGCCUACGCCAACCUGCAGGACGCCCGCUGCCAGACGCCGCUGCACAUCGCCUGCAUCUACGGCAAUGCUGACGUGGCGGCGGCGCUCAUCAAGCUGGGCGCCAUGCCCUGGGCCUGGGACGAGCUGGGCGGCCGCACUCCGCUGCACUACGCCGCCAGCAUGGGCCACGUGGACGUCAUCCGGGCGGUGCUGGCCGCAGCCGGCCCCCCGCCCAGCGGCGAGGCGCUGCGGCGGCCCAACACCAGCCGGACCAAGCUGGUGGACAUCUGCAACGACUCGGGCUACACGCCGCUGCACUACGCGGUGUGGGCCGGCAACACCGCCUCCAUCCGCGCGCUGGUGAGCUACGAGGCGUCGCUGUCGGCUCGCAACGUGGCGUGCGGCAGCGACUGGGUGGUGUCGGCGCUCAAGUGCACGCCGCUGCACCUGGCGGCGCACAAGGGCAACGCGGCCGUGGUGAAGCUGCUGCUCAGCGCCUACGUCCAGAGCCAGGUGCCGCAGGGCUCCGAGCCGCCGCCCGUGCACGACCGCCGCCGCCGCGACCCGCGCCGCCACGUCAACGCCGCCCGCCAACUGCCGUACCACGUGGCGGUUGCGCGCGGCCACAACCACCUGGCCGAGCUGCUACACCCCGACGUGCCGUUCAGUUUUAUUCUGUCGCCCGCCGAGAUGGAGAGUACGGCAAGGCUGUACGGCGUCACGAAACUUGCCGUACUGGCGGCCAAGGUCCUGCAGGCCAAGCUGGUGUCGGACAUUGACGAGGCGCUGGCGGCGCUGGCGGCGGCGCCGGGCCGCGGCGGCGGCGGCGCCGGCAGCGCCGCUGCCGCCGGUGGCGGAGGCCUCGGUGGCGGCGGCGGCGGCGGCACGUUCUCUCGGGCGCGGUCUGGGAGCAUAGCGGCGCUGAGCGGCGCGGUGGCGGCGGCGGCGGCGGCGUCCAUGCGCGAGCGGUCCGUGCAUGGCUCCGUGCACGGCGGCGGCGGCGCGCUGGGGGCGCUGGCCGGCGGCGUCGGCGGCGGAGGCGUGCCGACGGCAGCGGCGCUGGCGGCGGCGGCCUCCGCCAGCCUGGACGCAGUGCUGGCGGCGUCGGCGGCGGCCGCCGGCAAGGAUCCGGCACGGAUCCUGGCGGCGCGCGCGUCACAGGAGAAUGCUGCCGCCGCCGGCGGCUCGCCGGCCACCGCCAUAGCCGUCAGCCCGGUCGCGACCGCCAUGGCGGCGGUCACAGGCGCCGGCGCGGCGGCGGCGGCGGCGGCGGCGGAGGCCAACGGCCAAGGCGGCGGCGGCGGCGGCGGCGUGAAGGGGGCGUCUGGGACGUCGUCGUCUCCGCCGUCGGCUGGGUCGUCGGGGGAUGCGGACCCGCUGACUGUGGAGCCCAUGCCGGACGCCAUCGCGCGCGCCCGCGCCUCCGGCGAGCCCCUGGGUGCCGCCGCCGCCGCCGCCGCCGCCGCUACCGGCAUCAGCGCCCAACCGUCGCUGGGCCAGCCCGGCGCAAGUGCAAGUGCAGCAGCACUGCACAGCCCCGGUGCUACCAGCCCCGCCGGCGGCGCGCAGGCGGCGCCGCUGCCGCUGCCGCCCGCGCCCCUGUCGCCGUUCCUGCCGGCGGCUGGCGCCGCCGGCGGCCUUUCGGCUCCCACCUUCAACGACGGCGCCUCCGCCUUCGCCAUGUUUGCCGCGGAGCCCUUCGACGACCCGGCUGCCGCCAAGGCGGCGGCGGCGGCGGCCGCCGCCGCCGGCCAGACGCCGCCGCUGGCGGCGGCGGCCGCUGCGCCGCCGCCGCCGCCGGGCACUGGGCCGCUGCCGCUGCCGCCCGCUGGCAGCCUGGCGUCGGCGCAGCGCAACCGGGCGCAGGUGGUUGCGGCGGGCGGCGGCGGCGGGAGUCCCGACCCGUCGGCCUCGGCGGCGGCCGGCGCGCGGCGGAGCCGGCUGCUGGGCGGUGGCGGCGGUGGCGGCGCCGCCGCCGCAGCAGGCGCCAACGGCGUCGCUGCCAAGGCGCCCGGCCGCUCCCGCAGCCUGCGUAGCCUGCUCACGGGCGGCCGCCAGCGCCGCGCCGGGCCGGGGCUGGGCACGGUUGGCAGCGGCCGCGUCGGCGGCGGCGGCGGCGGCGAGAUGGGCAUUGCGUCGGACCAGGACCUGGAGGACGCGGACGAGCUGGAGGACAUCCUGUUCGCCAUCCAGCCACACGACCAGGCAGAGGCAGCCGCCGCCGCAACCGCCGCCGCCGCCGCCGCCGCCGCCGCCGCGGGCGCCGCCACGCCAAGCGCCGCGCCGGCCCUGGCCCCCGGCCCGGUGCCGCAGAAUCCGGAGGGCUCGGUUGCUGGCGGCGGCGGCGGUGGCGGCGGCGGCGGUCUGUGGGGCCGCCGCCGGACCGGCGUGGCGCCGUCGACAGGCGGCGGCGCCGGCACGGAAGCCGCGCUUCUAGCCGAGGCCUCCCGUAGCGGCCGCGGCGUGCGACAGCCCCACCCAGGCGCCGCGCCGGACUCGCCGCAGGCCGGCCGCUCCGUUCGCGGCGGCGGCUUCUGGCGGCGGCGGUCCGGCACACUGCCCGCGCCGGCGUCGGCGGCGGCGUCGCCGCCGCCAGCGGCGGCGCCGCUGGCGGUGGCUGCCGCAGACCCGUCCUUCCACACGGAGCCCAGCGGCCACGAGGCGAGCCGGCAGCUGUCUUUCCAGGGCGCCAGCGGCGCUGCCUGCAGCGCGGCCGGCGGCGCUACUGUGCAGCCGCUGCCCGACGCCGCCAGCAUCAUCCGCUCGCGUCUGUCCAACGACGCCGCCGCCGCCGCCGCCGCCAACACCAGCGGCGGUGCGCCCGCCAGCCCGACCACGGCGGCGGCGACGGAGCGCAUCGCCGCCACCAUCGCAAACCUGGCGGGCGCCGGCGCAGCCGGCGGCGCAGCCGCCGGCACCGGCGGCGCCGGCGGCGCCGCCGCCGCCAUGGAUCUGGAUCGCGCGGUGGCGGCGAUGCUUGCCAACCUGGCGGAGGCGCCGCAGCAGGUGCUGCGCCGCUACCGGCUGCUGCAGCUGACGCAGGGCGUGGACCUGCAGGACCUGCUGCGGGACCACCAGGAGCUGGCGGCGGCGGCGGCGGCGGUGGACGCGGCGGCAGCGGCGGCGGGGCUGCCGCCGGCGGCGGCAGCCGGCGGCGCAGCCGGCACAGCCGGCGCGGCCGGCGCCGGCGGCGCCGGCGCGUACGCGCCGGCACAGCCGCCGGCGGUGCUUGCGAGCGCGCUGCAGCGGGCGCGCUCGGACGCAGAAGGGCUGAUGCGCGGGGCGGUGGGGCAUGGCUGGGUGGACCGGUCCUCCCGCGCCGGCGGCGGCGGUGCCGCUGGCGCCGGCAGCGGCGCGCUGCAGGGCCAUGGCUCCUACCGCGUCGGCGGCGGAGGCGGCGACGCAUCCGCCCGCGCCGGCUCCGGCGGCGGCGGCGGCGGUGGUGGCGGCGGCGGCGGUGGUGGCGACGCGGCGGGCGGCAGCGCUUUCCUGGAGCACCGGGUCACGUGGCACGGCCGCGGGGGGCCCGCAAUGGCAGACACGGCGGUGCCGCUGGGCGCGUCGCCGCCAAGGGCGCUCACCGCCGGCGGCGACGGCAAUACUGGCAGCGGCGGCGGCGGCGGCGGCGGCGAUGGCCUGACGCCCGCCGCCACCGCCGUCGCCGCGGAGCUGAGCCCCUUCGCCUCGGUGGCCGCGGCGGCUGCGGCGGCGCCCUCCCCGGUGCCGGCGCCAGCCGCCUGCCACGACCUGCUCGCCUUCACGGCCCCCGUCAUGCCCACCUCGGCCUCGGAGGCGCAGCCAACGCCGGCCGGCGCAGCCAGCCCUAGCACCGCUGCUGCCGCUGCAGGCGCAGCCGCGUCGCCGUUUGCCGCCGCGGGGAUCCUGACGCCCGCCGCCAGCGGCACUCCCGCCAGCGCCGCGGAUGCGGGCGGCCGCACCCUGUCCCGCCAGCCCACCGGCACAGGCUUCGCCGCCGCUCCCGGCGCCGCCGCCACUGCCGCCGCCGCCGGAGGCGCCGGCGCCGGCGCCGCCAUGGCUGGGACGCUGCUGCGCGCGCUGUCGUCGCAGGCCGCCAGUGAGAGUGGCGAGGGCGUGUGCGGCGUGUGCUUUGACCAGCCCGACGUGCUGGCCGUGACGGGCUGCGGGCACCGGCUGUGCACGGACUGCAGCCGGGAGCUGUGCAAGCUCAACACCUUCAAGCCGGCGCUGUGCCCCUUCUGCCGCGGCCUCAUCGGCGGCUUCAAGCUGGUGAAGCAGUGAGCGGCGCGGCGGCUGGCAGAGGUUUGGGGGUGGGGGCGGAGGUGUAGGAGGUGUAGGUGGAGGCGGGGGUGGGAGCUGCAGGUGUUGGCUGGAAGAAGACGCGCGGCGACGUGCCGCGCGCGUUCAGAAAAGGGCUAGGGGGCCGUGGAGGUGGACGAAGUGGUGGUGGUGGUGGUGGUGGUGGGGCAGGGGCCGCGGAGGGAUGGGAUGCAGGAGCGCAGGAGGGGGUUCAGGGAGCAGCAGGGGGCGCGCCGCCAUUGCGGCUGCAGUACAGGCCUGGCAUGCACGUGCAUGACGUUAGGCAUAUCACAUGAUGGCAGACAUGCAGGCGGGCGGACAGAGCUGGGGUUGUGUGACUGGGCUUGUGGCCUCAGCGGGCCAGGCCGCAUCUGUUAGUCAGGGUGGGGCAAGGGGAAAGGUGAGGCGACCGGGGAGAAAGCAUGGCUGAGGCUGCUGCUGCUGUGGCGGUUGGGCACGCAACGGAUCCAAAUCCACACACGUGUGUAUGCAUAUGGCAGCUGAGGUCCCGGGGCAGGGGGUGAAUUUCUAUGCGUUUGGCGAUGCAGACCUGCUCUCCGUGCUGCUGCUCGCCCCUGCCCAUGCAUCAGUAUGUGUGACUUUCGUAGGCCAAGAGAGAUCGAGGCGUGCCACGCCGCGCAUUCAAUUAUUUUGCGGUUGCGGCCGUGUAUUUUGGGCUGAUUCUAACGGGCCUGUUUUGAUUUACGUUAUGCUAAUGCCGUGCAUUCCCGAGCGCUUCGCUCCAGAACAAGUACGAUGCAAGCCACUGUCGUUGUGGGUCGCGCUUCUGCUCUCGGCUUUCUAUUGCGUUUUGCAUAACUCGUGGGGGCCUCUGGUGCAGUCUGCCCUGGCAGAGCCGGUCCCGGCGCUCACAUUACAUAACGUGCUCCAGUUGCUUUGCCGGCGCACUGCAAACAGGCUUUUGCAAAAUUGCUGCGCUGUCUAGGCCACGAAGUGACGACGAAAGCAGACGGCUGCGUGUGUGGGACCCUGUGUUGAAACAUUAACGGAAGAAAACCGCCCAGAUGCCGGAGAUACUGGGGCCGUGUGUGAGUGCGUGUUUUGCAUUUGGGGUAUUAUCUUUGCGGGCACUGCCGCCGCCGCUGCCGCGCGGGCGGCAGCAGCUUGGCCUGGCUGUGUGGCGGCAGGGCCCUCCAGGGCUGCUCGGUGCGGGGGCAUGGCAUCCUGGGUUGCGGCGAGGCAGACACAUUCAGUGUGGGGGAGUGUAGCGCAGCACAGUGAGCGGUCUGUAGGCUGUGUGACGCGGCGCACGGCGUAAGUCGAGGCGGCGACGGAGGAUGCGCUGCGGGAGUUUGCGCCCAGUGCGCACCGUGACCAGCUGCGGUGAUGCGCAGAUAGAUGAUUGGGCAGAUGGCGGGUACAGGGAAUGGGGGGCUCCAGUGGCGUAUCGCACACGGGCGGCAAUGUUUGGAGCAUGCAGGAGGCGGAGGGACGAGGCAGGGACCGGCAUAACGACCUGUCGCAUUGCGUGCGACACAGCAUCAGAGCGCACCAAGAGGUGGCGCAUGGCGGAAGCAUGAGGGGAGGGGACGCUGCCUCCGUGUGAUUCAUGUAAGGUAGGCUGGAG